AGUUCAUAUAAAGGACUACUAGAUUAGGUACUAAAGAAUAUUAUGCUCAGAAAAGGCUUCCAGAAAAAACAUUCCCGGGAAAGUUAUGGGCCUAAGAGAAACCAACGCAGAUGCGUGUGGGACACUGCAGAGAUAUGGCUAUGUCCCAUGUAGCCUUUUUUUUUUUUUUUUUUUAAUAAAAGUGGUGGGUCAGUUAAGCUUGCUGUCAAUAAUAGAGUUUCUUUACAGAAUACGAUUGAGAUGUUAUUAGAUGCGUUGGGGCCUUCCACCUUCAAAGCAGGCUCCUCUUGUCUUUACUGGAAUGCCAUCCUUCAAUAUAUGGUCUACUAUUGGGGCCUUUUGCAAGCCUGCUUGUUCGAGGUUGGUCCAACUAAUUAGUUUCCCGCAUUUAUGCAACUGGAUAUGUACGUUAAGAAAGCUUGAACGAUAUUCAUGUUCUUGGAGGGCGCCUGUUUGGACAUUCUAUGCCUAUUGAUUCGAAUGGCCUAGCUACAUGAUUUGAAUGAAUUAAUGUCAGUUUGGUUGUUGGGAUCUCGAAAGUUUGUAUCCAUCUUUGACAUGAUGGUGAUGGCGACUUCAAACAGUGAUGGUGAUGCAAAUGGUUCCACAUGUAUCCCACCUGGGUAUGGCACAUACAUACCCAGAAUCGACAGGACGGUGUUGGCUGGGGCCAUCAGUGAUAUUAUACAAUUAUGUGGCUUGUGUCGUGGAUGGUGGGCACGGUCUGUUCUCGGUGACUCGGUCAAUACAAAUUUAAGAAAGCUUCAUGGAAGUUGCAGCCCACUUGUUCUUCUCCACGUACUUUUAAUACCAAAACAUAUGGAUAUGGAGCACUGCUGGUGUUGGCGUUCUGUCCUUGAGUGGAGCCAUGGCUCUGGCCCAGCAGAGCAAUGGAAGAACCUAGACGCAUCUGGUGUCUCGGUGGUGGAUCUACCAUUAUAUCAAUCAAUGCCUUGCAGCUCCCUCUCCCACCAGCAACCUCUACACAGUAUACUCACUUAUGGAUUUUUGGGAUCACUUAACUCUCUUCAUUUUAGUAUGAUUGUUUACAUUUUGCCUCCAUUCAAAUUGAGGAAAAUGGAGAUGUUUGCCUGUUGAACACGGCAGACAAAACAAAAUGCCAAAAAACUAAAAAUAAAAAAUAAAAAAAUCAGCCAAACAAGCCUUUGUCGUCAGGGUGGUGGGAGGCAAAUGGGGGCCUAGGCAUUUAAAUACAGAAAAGGUGGUACUUUAAAAUAUAUUCAUCUACUAGCCUUGUGCCGUCUGUCAUAGUAUCCAGAUCCAUCUGUGGCAUUAUCAUUAUUAGUAUUAUUAUUUUUACGUUAUCCACCUUUUUUCUACAACCCACCGCCCAAUCAACCGAACACUUGACAAAAAUGGACAAUGGCAAGCAAACAAGAUAGCUUUUUACCUGUGGGAAGCUACCACCAUCUCCAUUGGACUUUUGUUUCCACGCUGUCUAUAUAUCGACCAUUCAUUUGUCCUUGUUGCCACCUGUCUUCAGGAUAGCAUGAAUCGUGGCAGUGAUCCAAGCAUCCAAAAUCCAUCUCAGCUCAUCUCAUCACAAUCAGGAAAUCCAUACAUUUAGUUUUGUAUUACUUUUUUCAGGAGUCUCUUUCCUGAAGCGUUGCUCUCAAACUUUGCUAUUUUACUUUCAUAUUUCGUGUACCCUAAGCAUUGGACUCUCUCUUUUUAAACUCAGAAAAGUUUAGCCAGAUUUGUGAAGGCAAAUAAAUCCAGGUUUACUUUAAGCACUGUUUAAUGUUUGGGUGCCUGCUACCUUUUGUUAUAUCAACAUGUAUAUAACGAAGAGCAUGUGGUACUAAAGAGUUUACUUACAUGAGAGCUAAAGGUACUGAGAGCGUGCAGCCUUUGGAGUCUUUUACUUUUUAGGUCUGUUUCCUUUCCAAGGAGAGGAGGGAAUCUAUAGGUUGAAGGGGAGUUUAUUAGAUACCUUUCCAACAGACCCACCCCUCUUUUUUGGAUUCUAUAAAUUUAUGCAAUCCUUCAGGACAGGAGUAGUCUCUUAGCUUCUCUCUUCUCACCCAUCAGCCUUUCACUUCUCAUUACCGUACUCCUUUCUCGCAUUUCUCUAGCUCCCUGCUCAUUAAAACUAAAGGAGGUUUACGUGUGGACCUUUUCUGCAACCUUAGAUUGAUUUUGUUUCUUUCAACGUCCAAAACCCUUUAAGCUUCAAGCUUCUCCUGAAGCUUUUGCAUGUCUUUAAAGUUUGGUUUAGUUAGUUUCAUAUCUUAUAUUCUCCUUACAAGUUACAACCGCUUCUCUAAAAUCAAUCAAAGAAACAAAAAAAAUGGGAGUUGUAGCUACUUUGGAAUACUUUUCUGACCUACUCAGCAGCAAAAAAGGGAAGAAAAGGAAGCAACUGCAGACGGUAGAUCUCAAAGUCAGGAUGGACUGUGAGGGCUGCCAGCUAAAAGUGAAGAAAGCUCUUUCUUCGCUGAAAGGAGUAAAAUCUGUGGAUGUAAACCUGAAACAACAGAAGGCGAGUGUUACUGGUUAUGCAGAUGCGAAGAAAGUGCUGAAGAAGGCACAGUCAACAGGGAAAAAGGCUGAGCUUUGGCCUUAUGUUCCAUACAAUCUGGUGGCUCAUCCCUACGUUGCUCAAGUUUAUGACAAGAAGGCACCUCCUGGUUAUGUCCGGAGCUCGGAGAACCCUGCCAUCACUGCUAUGAGUCCAUUGGAGGAACAGUACACCACCAUGUUCAGCGAUGAUAAUCCAAAUGCUUGCUCCAUCAUGUAAAUUAAUGCAACCGAAAAAUGUAAAUCGAGUAAUUAGUUACCAUACAGCUUUGGCCUGUGUCCUACUGGAAAACUAUUGUACCGUAGAGUUUUUCUUAAAAUAUAUUUGAAGAGGUCUGUGGUGGACAUGGGGGAACCGGAGAGUCACAUGAAUAGAUAGAAACAGUGUGGGUUGUUAUGAGAUGGCUAUCAGAACUGUCCUUCACAUAUUAUAUAUGAUGUUUUUUGUGAUUUCAGUA